UUUUCCCCGUUUUCCCAUAUGCAUUUUUUGGUUAUGUUUUCUUCACAACAAAUAAAUAAUGAACGAUGAUAAAAAUCUUGAAAUUCCAAGUGAUGAUGAGGAAAUAUGCCUACCAAGCGACACUUUGAAAAUUCUUCAAGAAUUUCUAGCUGAGAAAUCUUCCCUAGAACAAUCACAAGAGGAGAACUGGCAAUUGAGUCAAUUUUGGUAUGAUGAGGAGACAAUUUCUAUUUUGGCCAAUGCCUGCAAAGAGAUUUCUUCAGGGAAAGAUUUUAGAAUUGGAUUAUUUUCCUGUCCAUCGCUAUAUGGAGAAAUAUCUCGUGCUUUACCAAAUGUCUAUCUCUUUGAAUACGAUGAGAGAUUCCUUCGUCAGAGCAAAAAUUGCAUUUUUUACGAUUACACAAAGGGUACAGCCAAUGAAACUUUGAAAGAUUUCCUGAAUUUCUUUGAUCUGGUAAUAGCUGAUCCACCUUUUCUAUCAGAAGAAUGCAUCUCCAAGACAGCUGACAUCCUGCAAAGUGCUCUUAAACAGGGAGGAAAGAUUGUCCUUUGCUCUGGAAGGGUUGUAAGUCAAUGGGCAGAGAAAUUUCUGCAAGUGACACCUUGCAAUUUUCAACCGAAGCACAAAAGAAACUUGGGUAAUGAAUUUGCGUCAUUUGCCAAUUUUAAUUUUGAUCAUUUCAUCCGGAAGCAAUAAAAACUACUUAGCAGCAGUA